ACUAGAGCAUUAAAUUUUACUUUUGUGUGAAUUUUAUUUUAAUCUAAAUAUAGUUUGGAGCUUACAAUAUUGAGUUCAGCGCACAAUGAAUAUUGACUGAAUGAAAGCUUAAAAUACAAAUAUAUCCAUUAAGAAAUUGAUUUGUAAGGUGUAGUAGGCGUUCACAAUUUAGUAGUUGAUGAACAUUCCAGAACAAGAUGGAGGAUGAUGAAUGUGAUCUGGACACCCUCCUGGAGGUCAUGGAGGACGAAGAGUUUGAAGAUGACCCUGUAGAAGCUACUGAGGAUGUUAAAGUGACUGGACCUGAGGAUGAGGUUGAAGAUGAGGAAGAUAUUGAACGACAGCUGAAGGAGAUGGAAGAGAAAAUGAGGAAAAUGAAGGAAAAAUUGAAAAAUAAAACGACGGACAAGAAACCAACUUCAUCCACAUCAGUUCCGAGUUCUCCUCUUGUCGCUGAAAACAAGAUUAAAUCUAAAGAAAAAAUAAAUACAUCCAGUGCUGAGAAGCGUCCUGGGAUAGAGAAGAAAAGAUUUCAAAAUGUCGACAUCUUUAGUUCUCCAGGGACCAACGCGGCUCACAUUCGGACGUUGAAGUCUCCAGUAAAAACUCAGCCACAUAAGGAGGCUGAGAAGGAGAAGAGGGCGGUAGUUUACGAGGCUAGGACAACAGAAUGGUGCCCCAGCUUCAUCAGAUCAGAUACUACCAGAGUUAUCCAGGGAGAUGAAGCUGUGAAGCUGCGAGAAGAUUUAAAGAUUACAGACAGGAAGAAGAUGGAGGAAGUAGCUCGGCGGGAUCUCAUGGAUAGUAGUGAUGACGAGAGAGAUGAGGAUGGGGUACCAGUGUUCAGUGAGCAGACUAAAGAGAUGAAGGCGCGUAUUGCGCAUGCACAGAAAACCGAACAGAGUCAGAGGUUUGCACAAACGCAUCAAGGUUCUGCUUCGACCGGCAGCAGUCCUGGAACUGUCGACAGGAUUAAGAGGAUUGGAGUUAGCUCCGGGUUCCAGGAUAAACCAGGCAAUAAGGUUAAACUUGGUACUGCGGAGUCUGGUAAACCUACUGGUAUCAUUGUAGAGAAGAAUUCAGGGAUCAGGAUCUCCAGACCUAAGAUCUCACAACAUCAGCUCAUGGAUGCAAUGAGAGGAAGAAAGAUGAUUCAUAUGUCCAAAAUCAGAGAGAGUAUUGCUAGGAAGGAGACAGAUGGGGACUGGGUAACAAUGGGAGUUCUCUACUAUAAGGCUCCGCCUAAGACUAGUAGUAAUGGGAAUGAUUUCUCUAUAUGGAAACUGACAGAUCUAAAGGGUGAAAUAAAGACGGUUUCCCUGUUUCUGUUUGGCAGAGCGCACAAGGAAUUAUGGAAAUUAUCUUUAAACAAGGAACAGUUAGUUGAAGAAACAAAUAAGAAUGAUCUAGCUUUUUCCCUAUUUCUGUCAAUUUACUUAACAGAGCGACUUUGUGACCUUGUAUCUAAACUCUAUGGUGAAGUUUCAAUCUCCAUAGAUCAUCCUGACAAACUACUUGAGGUUGGGGAUAGUGUGGAUAUAUCUAAAUGUGGUUUCAUUAAACAGGACGGAGCUAACUGUGUUAAUAUAGUCAAUAAGGGUGAGUGCGAGUUCUGUGUUUACCACGUGAAGCAAGCAUUUAAAGCGAGUAGUUCCGCGCGUUCAUGUCUCCAGAGCUCGUUUAGCAGCGCAGGAUCAGAAGCAACCAGGGCCAGGAUCAUGCAGAAGAUUGCUCCUAAAUCUAAGGGUGAGAUAUUUGGUGGCGGUCAAAUAAUGAACCUCGGACCUCUCGAAAUAGGACGCAAAAGUGUAAAGGAGAAGGCACAGGACGCUAAACUACUAGCUGGACUAGGACCAAGACCAGGACGUAUCGCUGAAGUCCUCUCUGGGAACCCAAAAACAAAUCCCCGCUCCCUGUCCGCCUCUCAUAUCACGACGAAGGAGAGGAACGCAAUUAAGACAAUAUCUUCCAAUAUAUCCGAGGAGUUGGGGAAUAGGUUACUCGUUCCUUCUCCAGGUACCAGAGCACUACUGGGAUCUAUUGUUAAGGUUGACGAGGAAAAGGUUAAGAGCACUACGAAUAUCCCUGUAAAGUCUGCCAAGGAUUUAUUAAAGGAACACAGUUCUGCGCUUAGGCGCGGAGAGUCUCCUAUGUUAGGACGAGGGAUGAAAGGUUCAGGAGAUAUUUGUAUUGAUCUCUCUCCGGGACAGAAAUCAAAGUUCUCUGCCGGACGCUUCAGAGCCCUGGCCAUUCUGCAAGCCAAGAACAAAACUAUUCAAGCGGCUGAUCCAAAUUCUUUGCACAAGAGUAAAAUCAAGAACAAGACCCCAGAAAGCCAGGACAAGAUUAAGAAAAGAUUGGCAAGCUCUCUGGACGGUAGCGACGAAAACGACCAGAACGAGACGAACAAGAAGCCGAGGUUGGCCGAGGUAGAUAAGAACAAAACGGUCACAGUGUUCGGUAAAGAGAUGACCGUGGCGGAACUUGAGAAGUUAAAAUCCACAAGAUCUAGGAACGAACACUUGGUGGCGGAGGCGGAACUAGCCGCGGCGGAUAAAUACUUUGAUGUGAUGGAAAAGAAGGAUGAUAUGGAAGAGAAGAUGCUGUCUACGUCGGAGAUGAAAACUAAGGCUGUAACCUGUCAUAUUUGUAAUUACACAUCAUUUAAGGCUAGUGAAUUGUGUAAGAGUGAAGGACAUAGAUACAAAGUUAUCGAUGCUGUCAAACGGUUCUUCAGAUGCAAGGACUGUAAGAAUAGAACAAUCUGUCUUACUAAACUACCUCAGGAGAGCUGUAAGAAGUGUGGAGGUAGUAGCUGGCUGAAGGCUGGGAUGAUUGCUGAAAGAUCUGGACCUAAGCUUGGAGCUGAAACCUUGUCUAUCCGAGGAGCAGAGGAGAAAUGGAUCGGAGGAGCAACUGCUGCAAAUAUUAAUCUUUAGCAAAUUAUUUUAUAGUUUGGAUCAAUGUGUGUAGAAUUAAAGUUGGGUCCAGGUGGGAUCGUCUUUACUUGUGUUAUUAAUUUUGCAUCUAAGUCGUGCUACCAUAGAUUCACCCUGAGCAAUAAUAAAUAGCUACGACCAAUGAUAAAACGAUUAAGAAACUGGACAAAUGUGACACAAGACCUGCCUUUAUUUGCUGUUGAGCUAACGAUUUUUCUUAGUAAAAUAACUGAUUCUGCGUCACAGUUUAAUGUUUAUACAACCACUAUACACACAAUCCUAGUUUUCUCACCUUGCUUUGGAUGAUGUACUAUGUCUUGAAUAUAUUUUCAUAAUACGAGAA